GACUCAUGUACAGGUUGGACCACAGUACAGUCAGUUUGCUGUUCCUUCGGCGUGCAAAAACCGUGAAAAAUCCCCCGAUCGGAGCUGUCGUCUUAUAUUUGAGUUCUGACUGAAAUAAAACUUUAGCAGAACUCGUGUGUGCUCGGUGGGUGGUGGGAAAAGCCGAACUGGAAGCCGGGAGCCGCCGAGUUUGGACCCGGAGCGGCGAAGUGAGCGAACCGCUGAUGCUACGUGUACAGUUAGCUGCGGAAGCUAACGGAGGACUGAGGCUGAGCAGCUGCGGGCAGAUGUUCAGCAACUGUGAGCAGCUGUGAGGCCCGGCAUGGAGCACAGUCUGCUCUCCGUGAACACCUACAAAUGAGGAGCGAUGGAGGAGCGAAGGCUGCAAUAACGACCCUCUGAGGAAGAAGGAGGAAGAGGAGCUGCUCCGGACACCAUGAUGUAUUCAUCCAGGAGGAAGCCCGUGCUUUACUUCAGAGAGGAGCGCAGGUUCCUGUCCAGUAAAUGCACUGUCUACAAGCUGUUCGGCCUCUGCAUGGUGCUGGUGUUCGUCUCUCUGCUCUGGCUGCAGCUCAGCUGUUCUGGUGAUGUGUCCACUAUACACGGAGAGCGAUGCACGCCUCAGCAGCCAGCGCCACCCUGCCCAGCCAACGGUCAGACAUCCGGGGCGGAUGACCCGUCCUGGGGGCCUCACAAACUUGCCAUCAUCGUUCCCUUCAGAGAGCGCUUUGAGGAGCUGCUUGUGUUUGUUCCCUUCAUUCACACAUUCCUCAGCAAGAAGAAGAUCCGCCACAAGAUCCUCGUCAUCAACCAGGUGGAUCACUACAGAUUUAAUCGGGCAUCUCUGAUCAAUGUGGGUUACUUGGAGAGUGGUAACGACACCGACUACCUGGCCAUGCACGACGUGGACCUGCUUCCCCUGAACGAGGCUCUGGAUUACGGCUUCCCCGAGGACGGACCAUUCCACGUGGCCUCGCCAGAGCUUCACCCACUCUACCAUUACAAGACGUAUGUGGGAGGAAUCCUGUUGCUCACCAAGAAGCAUUACCACAUGUGUAACGGCAUGUCGAACCGGUUCUGGGGUUGGGGCCGAGAGGACGACGAGUUCUACAGACGGCUGAGAAAAGCCGAGUUACAGCUGUUCAGACCGAGUGGCAUCACCACAGGAUACAAAACCUUCAUGCACAUCCACGACCCAGCCUGGAGGAAGAGGGACCAGAAACGGGUCGCAGCUCAGAAGCAGGAGCAGUUUAAGGUGGAUCCAGAGGGGGGGCUGACUAAUCUUCGUUACGAGGUGGAUUCCCGACAGGAGUUGAUCAUCAGUGGUGCCCCCUGCACCAUCAUCAACACCAGACUAGAGUGCGACCAGAGCCAGACGCCCUGGUGUCUUCUGGGAUAGCGCGCAGCCGGGUGUGAGGACACCGGUUUUCGUUUCGGACUGAAAUCAAUUUCAAGAUAAAUUUUUUUCAUGGAUAAAUCUGCAGCUGGAGCAUCCAAACAUCUGUUUAAUUUACUCUUUCAGGUACAUCAAAAUGAAAACUGCUGUUGUAGUAACAAUAAUGAUUUGGAUGAAACGUUGUGAAGACGGUUUCUUAGCGGAGCUGAAAGCGGUUUGCCAGUCUGACCUCUGACCUCAGCAGCCUGGACAGACGGACUGAAGUGAGACAGGCAGAUCUGUUUCAAGACUUGUUUUUCCUGUUUAUCUUCCUGGUACCUGCUGGCAUCGUGUGAAUGCAAACCUGCAGCCUGUUUCUUUAGUUUUUACCCUCAGCUAGGGAUUGUGCAAAUAUAAAGCAGAGCAAUGCAUGCUUCGCCGGACGUUACGAACGUUUGUUACCCCUGCAUCACGUGAACCUCACAGGGUUGAUUUUUAUCUUUUUACCCACGUUGGAGGUAAAGAUGGAAUAAAAAUUCAUCAGUCAGUAAAAGUGCUUUUUAUUGUCCUGCUGAAAAUG